AAGUGAAUGUCUGCAUAUAAGUACUUAUUCAAAUUUAUCGUAAUUGGGGAUUCAUGUAAAAUAGCUAAUAUAGAUUUAGAUGUUGGAAAAUCAUGUCUUGUAUAAUAAUUUUUGCAUGAUCGACCACGUCAAGAACAUGAAGCCACAGUCGGUAUAGAAUUUGGUAUUAAGGACAUUAAUAUCUGUGGUUCAAUUAUACGUCUGUCAAUAUGGGAUACAGCAGGACAAGAGACAUUUAGAUCUCUGAUUCGUGCAUACUAUCGAUCUGCUAUAGGAGUGCUUCUAUGCUAUGAUUGUAGUAGUAUGCAAUCAUUUAAUGGGAUUGAAAAAUGGGUGCAAGAAGUAAAAAACAACGGAAAUGAGAGUAGAAGCUUCAAUAAUUAAAGAUGUUGUAAUUGCACUUGUUUGCAAUAAAAUUGAUCUACAAGAGUAUACAGGUCCUCUUCAAUUAUUUUUAGACGAUAAGUGUCAUCCAUCCAAGGAAGAUAAUAUGCAGUUGACCAUAAUUUCUUAUACGUUGAAGUUUCUGCUCUCAAUGGAGUUGGUGUCUAAUAACUCUUUCGAGAUUUAACUCACGAAAUAUUAAAACGAAUUGAUAAUGCCAUCAUCGAUUUGGAUAAACAUGUAUUAUUAUUUAUUAUUUUUUAGUAAUAAGGUAUUGUAGUUGGAUAGAUAAAUCUAUCUCCUACUAAAUAAAUAAUCACUCUUGAGUAAGAAGAUUCAUAAUAGUAGAAGAAUCAAAAGAAAAAAUCUUGUUGUUGAACAAUUUAUAAAUAAACAUAGAAUAUAA